AUGGAUUCUGAUCCAUACCGGCAGAGUACUAACUAUGUUGAUCUCCUUACGAGUCAACAUGGUGUCUUUGGUUCUUCAUCGCAAGUCCCUGUCUUUGGGACUGAAAGAGCUGAAGCUUCAAGCGUCCCUCAAGAUACUACCGCAGAGCGUAAGGAACGCAGGAUGUGGACGCCUGUAGAAGAUAUGGUGCUCAUCAGCUCCUGGCUUAACACAAGCAAGGAUCCAGUUGUGGGAAAUGAGCAACGUUCUGGGGCAUUCUGGAAUAGGAUCGCCACUUACUUUGCGGCAAGUCCCAAGAUUGCAGCCACUGAACAGCGAGAAUCAACUCAUUGCAAGCAGCGUUGGCACAAGAUCAAUGAUCAAGUCAACAAGUUCUGUGGGUCUUUUGAAGCAGCAACCAGAGAGAAGACAAGUGGGCAAAAUGAGAAUGAUGUUCUCAACAGAGCUCAUGAAAUCUUCUUCACCAACCACCGAAAAAAAUUUAUUCUUGAGCACGCUUGGAAGGAGCUCCGGAAUGAUCAAAAAUGGUGUGCCACUGCUACAUCUAAAAACGAAGGAAACACUAAAAGGAGGAAGUUAGAUGAGGGUUCACAGUCUGACAAUUCACACGCACCUCAAACAGCGACUGAGGAGGAGCGUCCCCCGGGUGUUAAGGCAGCAAAAGGGAAGAACAAGAAGAAUGCCAAGGGGGAGGAAACGCUGUCACAGUUUCAGACUAUGUGGGAAAUUAAACAAAAAGAUUUGGUCUCCAAGGACAGGAUAACAAAAAUGCGGUUACUUGACCGCUUACUUGCAAAGCAAGAACCCUUAGAUGAGGUCGAAAAUGAUCUAAGGAAAAAGCUCAUGUAUGAGUUGUUGUCUAACUAG